CAUGACGUGCAUACCGGACGCAGCCUUGGGUAACGCGGGGACGGUAGCGGUUCUGAAAACAGACCCAAAAAAAGGCAGAAUAGUGAGAAAGGAAAGUACAGAAUGAGUGACGAGCAUUAUCUGGAGCUGUGUGAGAACCCGGUCCAGUUUGAACAUGCCUCCAGCGUCAACAACGUCUUCUUCGACGAAGCAAACAAGCAGGUGUUUGCGGUGCGCUCAGGUGGGGCCACAGGUGUGGUGGUUAAGGGCCCGGAUGACAAGAGCUCUGUCGCCUUCAGAAUGGAUGACAAAGGAGAAGUGAAGUGCAUAAAGUUCUCCAUAGGAAACAAGAUCCUGGCAGUCCAGAGAACCUCAAAGUCUGUGGAUUUCAUCAACUUCAUCCCGGACUAUCCUCAUACAGAGUUCUCCCAGGAGUGUAAGAUGAAGAAUGCCAGCGUCCUCGGCUUCUGUUGGACCAACUGGAACGAGAUCGUUUUCAUCACUGACCAGGGCAUCGAGUUCUACCAGGUGUUCCCUGACAAGCGCAGUGUGAAGUUAUUGAAGAGUCAGAAUAUUAAUGUGAACUGGUACCAGUACUGUCCAGAGACCACUGUCAUUCUUCUGUCCACAACUGUACAGGGCAACAUACUGCAGCCAUUCGCCUUCAGAAAUGGGACAAUGUCCAAGAUGUCAAAGUUUGAGAUUGAGCUGCCUGUUGUCCCCAAACCUGCCAAGCUCAGCCUGUCAGAGAGGGAUAUCGCCAUGGCUACCAUUUACGGCCAGCUGUAUGUGAUGUAUUUAAAGCAUCACUCUAGAACAGCCAACAGCCCCAGUGCUGAGGUGGUGUUGUACCACCUACCCAGGGAAGGAGCCUGUAAGAGGAGUCAUGUCCUGAAGCUCAACACCACUGGGAAGUUUGCCUUCAACAUUGUGGACAACUUGGUGGUGGUGCAUCACCAGAGCUCACAGACCUCACUGAUCUUUGAUAUUCGUCUGAGGGAGCCAGAAUGUGCCGUCAACACACACCAACCUGUCCUCCCUGCCCGGUCUAUACACCCGUACAGGAUUCCUCUGACAGGUCCAGCGGUGGUUCCCACCCAGUCUCCGGUGCCAUGUCAGCUCUACUCUUCCUCCUGGAGUGUGUUCCAGCCGGACAUCAUCAUCAGUGCCAGCGAAGGGUAUUUGUGGUACCUGCAGGUGAAGUUGCCUCCCACAGUCAACCUACUGAAGGACAAAGGCAAACUGAUGGACUUCCUUUUACGGCGGCGGGACUGCAAGAUGGUCAUCCUGUCUGUCUGCUCACAGAUCCUGGAAGCGGGGCAGAAGGGCAGUCUUCCUGUUGUGGCCACGGUCUUUGACAAACUCAACCAGGUUUAUAAGGAGUAUCUGGAGGCAGAGCAGGCCUACGCUGUGGCCAUGGAGUCGGGUCCAAGUCGAAGCAACCUGGCUCAGAAGCGACCCGUCAGAACUCAGGCUGUCGUCGACCAGUCAGAUAUGUACACACACGUCCUGUCGUCGUUCACUGAGAAGAAGGAUGUGUCCCAUAAGUUCAUCAUCGCAGUGCUGAUGGAGUAUAUCCGCUCUCUGAACCAGUUCCAGAUCACAGUCCAGCAUUACCUGUAUGAGCUGGUCAUUAAAACGCUGGUGCAACACAACCUCUUCUACAUGCUGCACCAGUUCCUACAGUACCAUGUGCUCAGUGACUCCAAACCACUGGCCUGUUUACUUUUGUCUCUGGAGAGCACCUACCCCCCCGCUCAUCAGCUGUCACUCGACAUGUUAAAGCGUCUGUCUACAGCUAAUGAUGAGAUCGUGGAGGUGUUGUUGUCUAAGCAGCAGGUUCUGGGUGCGCUCAGAUUCAUCCGCAGUGUUGGAAGUCAUGACAACGUGUCAGCCAGGAAGUUCCUGGACGCAGCGCGGCAGACGGGGGACCAGAUGUUGUUCUACACCGUCUUCAGAUCCUUCCAACAGAGGAACCAGAGACUGAGAGGAAACCCUGGUUUCAACCCUGGAGAACACUGUGAAGAACAUGUGGUUUAUUUUAAACAACUGUUUGGAGAACAAGCUCUGAUGAAACCUGCUACUGCCUGAGUAUCUGGAGCCAACAUACCCCCCCCCACACACACACACACACACACACACACACACAUCUCUAUUAAAUAGUAUUUGAAAAAGAAGUAAAUGUGAGUGCGUGACUGUAGUUUGGGUGCAGAAGGUGCAGCAGGACAAUGUGAGACCUUCAUGUGUGCAGAAUACUUCAUGUGAGGGUGUGUAAUGUGAGAGCCUCAUGUGUGCAGAAUACUUCAUAUGAGGGUGUGUAAUGUGAGAGCCUCAUGUGUGCAGAAUACUUCAUGUGAGGGUGUGUAAUGUGAGAGCUUCAUGUGUGCAGAAUACUUCAUGUGAGGGUGUGUAAUGUGAGAGCCUCAUGUGUGCAGAAUACUUCAUGUGAGGGUGUGUAACGUGAGACCUUCAUGUGUGCAGAAUACUUCAUAUGAGGGUGUGUAAUGUGAGACCUUCAUGUGUGCAGAAUACUUCAUGUGAGGGUGUGUAAUGUGAGACCUUCAUGUGUGCAGAAUACUUCAUGUGAGGGUGUGUAAUGUGAGACCUUUAUGUGUGCAGAAUACUUCAUGUGAGGGUGUGUAAUGUGAGACCUUUAUGUGUGCAGAAUACUUCAUAUGAGGGUGUGUAACGUGAGACCUUCAUGUGUGCAGAAUACUUCAUGUGAGGGUGUGUAAUGUGAGAGCCUCAUGUGUGCAGAAUACUUCAUGUGAGGGUGUGUAAUGUGAGACCUUCAUGUGUGCAGAAUACUUCAUGUGAGGGUGUGUAAUGUGAGACCUUCAUGUGUGCAGAAUACUUCAUGUGAGGGUGUGUAAUGUGAGAGCUUCAUGUGUGCAGAAUACUUCAUGUGAGGGUGUGUAAUGUGAGACCUUCAUGUGUGCAGAAUACUUCAUAUGAGGGUGUGUAACGUGAGACCUUCAUGUGUGCAGAAUACUUCAUGUGAGGGUGUGUAAUGUGAGACCUUCAUGUGUGCAGAAUACUUCAUAUGAGGGUGUGUAAUGUGAGAGCUUCAUGUGUGCAGAAUACUUCAUGUGAGGGUGUGUAAUGUGAGACCUUCAUGUGUGCAGAAUACUUCAUGUGAGGGUGUGUAAUGUGAGACCUUCAUGUGUGCAGAAUACUUCAUAUGAGGGUGUGUAAUGUGAGACCUUCAUGUGUGCAGAAUACUUCAUGUGAGGGUGUGUAAUGUGAGAGCCUCAUGUGUGCAGAAUACUUCAUAUGAGGGUGUGUAAUGUGAGACCUUCAUGUGUGCAGAAUACUUCAUGUGAGGGUGUGUAAUGUGAGAGCUUCAUGUGUGCAGAAUACUUCAUGUGAGGGUGUGUAAAACCAGUGAGUGACGUUGUACACAGAGUGAGGAUGACAUCUUAUCUGUACAUAUACUGUACAUACUGACUUCAUGGACUGCUGUGAGUUUGACAGCAAACACAAUAUUGUGACGUGAAUGAUAAAGAAUGAAAUAAGUCACUGUUUAUUGAGCAGUUGUGUUGAGCUGGCGCUGAACACACAUUAACGACAAGGUAAAUAUGUGUUUCUGAUGCCCUGUGGUUGAACAUUAAACGCCUGUUCUGUUUGGAUUCCAGUCCACCUCAUGUCUGUUACACCGUUCAACAUGGACGCCAUGCCUCACAGUGCUGCUCGUGUGUACUUCCUACCAGAUUGUGUGUACUUCCUACCAGAUUGCGUGUACUUCCUACCAGAUUGCGUGUACUUUCAGCCACAUUGCUGAUCUCCACUGCUCAGCAAUGUGAAUUGCAACAAAACAAAACUGAC